CCCUUUGGUGAUUCCGUAGCUGUUGCUGUCACCAGCAUGGCGAGCUCCGGUAGUGUAGCGAUGGAUGGGGACUUCAUGAGACAUGCUGAAUAUACACCAAAAUCCACCGUGCAGAGUGAGACAGAUAUUGACAAGCGCCUUGCCAGCACUCUGAUGGCAGUGGGACUGGGUGUUGCUGCGGCAGGGUUUGCAGGUCGAUAUGCAUUCCAUUUAUGGAAGCCUCUGGGUCAGGUUAUCACAGAAGCUGCCAAGAAGGUACCCACUACGUCAUUUUCUGCAUAUUACAAAGGUGGAUUUGAGCAGAAGAUGACCAGACGGGAAGCCAGCCUUGUUCUCGGGAUCAGUCCAACCAGCACUAAGGCAAAGAUACGGGAAUCCCACAGAAGGAUCAUGGUCCUAAAUCAUCCGGAUAAAGGUGGAUCCCCGUAUUUGGCAGCCAAGAUCAAUGAAGCAAAAGAUCUGCUUGAGUCUGGCCCUCGACGCUGACCCAGCAGAGUUACAUCUACUUCAGUGCCGCCAGCUCACCCAUGAGCCUCCACAAGUCACCGUCUUUCUCCUUGUUUUUCUGCCAUAAAUCAGUCGACUCAGUAUAUUGUGCUCCGUUCUAUCUGCCACUUUUCCUUACCGCCACUUUAAUGCACGUCUUGAAAGGUUGAUCCUUCAUGUUAAAGGAUCUUCACUCUGUCCAUGUGAAAUAUCUCACUGUAAUCUUUAUUAUUUAUUGAGGUGACUUGUGUAAUGUUUAACGUCUGCUAAGAAAUCUGGUGGAUGUAUCAUGUCAAAUGGCUAACAAGCCCAAAGUAUUUCCCCUAAUCCACAGGGACUAGUCUAUGGAUGUGGUGUUAAGUUAUUUUAGCUCUCUGAAUAAACAGUUUCACAAAUCUGG